GACCGCAAAGUUUUUUGGAGCGCUUGGACAUCGCCUUCCGCUUCAACCGCCACAUCAACACUGCGAUGGCGACAUCGUUCUUCCAUAAGCUCCGUGUGCACCUCGGCGCUCACGACGGCGGGGCCGACCGCACGAUGGACAGCACCUGCGACGUGCACCUCAGCACAUCCCAGGCGGACAUCACCUGCCAGACCGAGGCCAGCGCUUUCGACCAGUCGGACACCACCUCCGACAAGGAGUACAGCGCCGACGAGGACAAGGCCGCCACCUGCGGAAUGAACGACUUCAAUGCGAUCGACUCGUUGUCGGAGACGCAGACUAACGUGAGCACCGAGUGCGGCUUCCUGUUGCUCUCUGAGUGCGAGCCCGUGGAGCACGCGACGCUGGCGGCACUCCGCAAGCUUCGCGAUCUGAUCAGCCAUGAUAUCUACCAUAGGUGCCACGAUAUCGGCUACGAGUUCCUGACUCACUCCAAUAAUCAAGCCUGCAUCGACUUUACUGGCGACGACAUCGAUUUCACCGGCCUGAGCGCCAUCGAUCACAUCAGCCACGAGUGCCAGAAUGACUUCGUCAAUCUUCAGAUGGCCAGCUUGAAGUUCGCGGUGGGCGUUGCCCACUUGCUCUCGGAGUUUUGGUUGAGUUUCGUUGCUGCGUGUACCACCGAACUACCGUUCUAUGGUACGGACACCGACGAGUGGCAGUGCUCCCUCAGCAACGCCUUCGGAAGAGCCUGCUGCACUUCGGAGAGUUCGCAUCCAGGCCAG